CUCAAAUACCCCAACCAACGCCUCGGCCUCUCCGCCCUCUUUCUUAUACUUCUCUUCCACCGCCCACUCUAACAGUUCGUUUUCAUUUCUCCAAUGGCGUCCUCGUUCCUCUCUCGUGCUGCUCUCUCCAGCAAUACCACUGCCAUUUCAUUUUCCUUCUCUUCUUCCAUCUCUUCUCCCCUCCCAUGGAGCUCUUCCCGUUCAUACACCUCCUUUCCCGCUAAUUCUCGUCGGAGGAUUCCUGUCGUUCAAUCCAAGAUCCGCGAGAUUUUCAUGCCUGCCCUAAGCUCUACCAUGACUGAGGGAAAGAUCGUUUCGUGGGUCAAAUCUGAAGGGGACGUUCUAUCCAAAGGAGAGAGUGUCGUCGUUGUGGAGUCUGACAAGGCGGAUAUGGAUGUGGAGACUUUUUAUGAUGGAAUUCUCGCCGCUAUUGUUGUUGGAGAGGGUGAAACUGCCCCUGUUGGAGCUCCUAUUGGUUUAUUGGCCGAGACUGAAGAGGAGGUCGCUGAGGCUAAGGCUAAAGCCGCGUCAAAAUCCGCGGCUCCUUCGUCUCCUGCUGCUGCUGUUUCUCCCUCUCCUCCGCCUCCCUCUUCUAGUCCUGCUCCGGCGACAUCUCAGCCAUCGCCUCCGCCGCCCACGGCUGCGUCGGAUGGACCAAGGAAGACUGUGGCUACCCCUCAGGCGAAGAAGCUAGCCAAACAGCACAAGGUGGAUAUUGGAUCCAUAACCGGUACUGGUCCAUUCGGUCGAAUUACUCCGGCAGAUGUGGAGGCUGCGGCAGGAAUUGUCCCUUCGAAGCCUGCUGUAAGCAAUGUGGCUUCACCCGUGGCCUCUGGGAUUGCUCCAGUGGCUGCCGCUGCUCCAACGAAAGCUGCUGCAGCUCCUUCCAACUUGCCUCCUCCAGUUCCGGGCUCAACGGUUGUGCCAUUCACGACAAUGCAGGCGGCGGUGUCUAAGAAUAUGGUGGAGAGUCUCUCUGUUCCUACAUUCCGAGUUGGUUAUCCGGUAUCCACUGAUGCUCUUGAUGCGCUCUAUGAGAAGGUGAAACCAAAGGGUGUCACAAUGACUGCCCUCCUGGCCAAGGCUGCUGCAAUGGCCCUCGCUCAGCAUCCUGUUGUAAAUGCAAGCUGUAAAGACGGUAAGAGCUUUACGUAUAACAACAACAUAAAUAUUGCAGUAGCCGUGGCUAUCAACGGUGGGUUGAUAACUCCUGUUCUUCAGGAUGCAGAUAAGUUGGACCUCUACCUACUGUCUCAAAAAUGGAAAGAAUUGGUAGAGAAAGCCAGAUCCAAGCAGCUUCAGCCCAAUGAGUAUAAUUCAGGAACUUUUACUCUUUCCAAUCUGGGCAUGUUUGGAGUGGACAGGUUCGAUGCUAUACUUCCUCCUGGCCAGGGGGCUAUCAUGGCUGUUGGAGCAUCAAAGCCGACCGUUGUCACUGAUGCUGAUGGCUUUUUCAGCGUGAAAAGUAAAAUGUUGGUGAAUGUGACUGCUGAUCACCGAAUAGUUUAUGGUGCUGACUUGGCUGCCUUCCUUCAGACCUUCGCAAAGAUAGUUGAGAAUCCAGAAAGCCUGACCUUGUAGAAAGUCUUCAUUUGCAAGCUUCAACAUCAAUUAAACUUGACUGCAAGAAGAAUAGGCAAAAUCUUUUUUUCUUUUUGGCCACGGAAUGAUGUAAGUUUGAGUUAAACAGAGUCCCAUCGGAAUGCUUUUUGUGCAGGAGCCAGGAGGUCCUAUGGAUACUUUAUUUCGUUGUACUUCAAAUUUAUUUUAUUUCUAGAAGAUUUGAAGAACAAUAAUGAGUUGAUUUACUUUUUCUAAGUUAUUGCGUACGGGAAAUGUGUUGGUAGAAACUCAUUGGAUGAAGAAAGAUUGUUUUGAUGUUGGUUCUU